AUGGCCAUCACAUGGUUUACAAUGAAUCAAGAUGGGGCGGAUGAUCCGGGAUGCGUCAAGGGGGAUAACCUUCAUCCCCUCAUUGGCCCCGGUUUUCUGGAGUCAGCACUGGCGCCGAAUCAGCUAACCCGCUUCCAUUGUUACCGCCAUUUGUUGCCAACAAUGGGAGAAAAAUCGCGAUCAAUCGACGAGAUGCUCAGCCGGGCCAUUCACGCGAACCCGAAUGACCCUUAUGCCUGGCAUAUGUUGGGUGUGCGCUGCUACUCGCAGAAGUUCUACGAUGAGGCGUUGCACUGCUUCAAGAAGGCGGAGAGCAUUAAGGAAAACUUCUCAGCCUCCAAUCUCUACCACCUUGGCGCUUGCCUUAAAGCCCAAGGCGAAAUCGAAGAAUGCAAGGUCUACCUCAAAAAGGCCGUCCACUCAAAAACCUGGAAUGGCGUCGAUGAAAAGGGCAAGGAAGCCGCCGCAAAGUUGUUGCGAGAUCUACAGCUCGGGGACGCU